UAUAUAUAUAUAUAUCUGGUUUAUCUUAUUUUUAUUAUUUUAAAUAUUUUUGUGUUGGAUUUUUACUCAGUGAUUUUUUGCCCCAAUUUUUGUAGAGAUAUGGGUGGAGAGGAAGUCGAGGGAGGUGCACUGGUUCCAGAGUCAGUAUUGAAGAAGCAGAAAAGGAAUGAGGGAUGGGCUCUUGCAGACAAGCAAGAGCUCGAAGCUGACAAGAAGAAAAAUGUUGAGAAUCAGAAGUUGAUCUUUAAGAAAACUAUGCCGUACUAUGAGGAGUAUGGGGAACAGGUAAAGGAACUGAUUCAGUUGAAGCCUGAGGCAAGACUGAAGGGAGGCUUUUAUGUAAACCCGGAAGCCAAACUGCUUUUCAUUACCAGAAUCCGAUCAAUGCGCGCAAUGCACCCAAAAACCAGAACAAUUCUGCAACUUCUGCGAUUGAGGCAGAUAUUUAAUGGUGUCUUUUUGAAAGUGAACAAAGCAACAAUGAACAUGCUGCAUCGGGUUGAGCCAUAUGUGACAUAUGGGUAUCCCAAUCUGAAAAGUGUGAGAGAAUUGAUUUAUAAGUGGGGUUAUGGGAAACUAAACAAGCAAAGAAUUGCCUUGACCGACAAUUCAAUAAUUGAACAGGUUUUAGGCAAGUUCGGUAUCAUUUGCAUUGAAGAUCUGGUCCAUGAAAUCAUGACCGUUGGACCUCACUUCAAGGAGGCAAACAACUUCCUAUGGCCAUUCAAGCUUAAGGCACCAUUGGGUGGUCUGAAAAAGAAGAGGAAUCACUAUGUUGAAGGAGGUUAUGCUGGCAACCGCGAGGAUUACAUCAAUGAGCUCAUCAGAAGGAUGAACUAG